AUGGCACGCGUCGCUGCCGCUAACCUGCGUGGUCUGGUCGGCAUUGGAGCGGCGGGUCGGCGCCGGGUGACCGCCUCCGUCGUGACGCACCGCGCGACACCCGGCGGGCGCGGGUUCCGCGCCGCGGCCUCAGGCUCUGUGGGCAGGACGACGCCUGAAUCCUCCUCUUCGUCCUCGUCGGCUCUACCACAGUUGCAGCCGCGGCGCGGCUUGGCGACGAGACGAGCGGUGCUGCGUGACUUGCUUAGCGGCGGCUUCGAGAGUGAGGAUGGUAAUCUGAGCUGUGGAUAUUCAAGUUUUAAGGGGAGGAGACCUACUAUGGAGGAUCGCUACGACGUAAAGUUCGCUAAAAUUAAGGGACAGACAGUUAGCCUGUUUGGUGUAUUUGAUGGUCAUGCAGGAGCACUUGCUGCUGAAUAUCUAAAGGAACAUCUGCUUGACAACCUUAUCGAGCAUCCUCAGUUCCUGAGAAACCCAAAGCUUGCUCUAAAGACGGCCUUCCUGAAAAGUGAUGCUGAUUUCUUAGAAUCGGUAACCACUCCUUAUAGGGAGGAUGGUUCGACAGCUUUGGCUGCUGUUUUGGUUGGUGAACAACUUUAUGUAGCAAAUGUUGGCGAUUCACGUGCUAUCGCUUUAAAAGGUGGCAAAGCUAUCCCACUCUCAGAUGACCAUAGACCUAACUUAAAGGAUGAGCGAACGAGAAUUGAGAAUGCUGGAGGUGGCGUUAGUUAUGAUGGUUUUACUUGGAGGGUUGAUGGAAUUCUGGCAAUGUCCCGUGCAUUUGGCAACCGUGGAUUGAAGAAUUAUGUGAUAGCAGAGCCUGACAUUCAGGAAACGCAGGUCAACAGUGACCUGGAAUACCUGGUUCUCGCUACAGAUGGUCUUUGGGAUGUUGUGCAAAAUGAGGAUGUUAUUUCACUUAUGAGAGCAACUGACGGGCCUGAGGCAGCGGCGGUGAAGCUGACGGAAAUGGCCCACUCCCGGCACAGCUCAGACAACAUCACAUGCAUUGUGGUGCGAUUUCACCACUGA